AUGCCGAUUGCCUCCAUUUCCAUCCUCCGCCACCGCACCAUCAUCCCCACUACCACCGCCACAACUCUCCCAACCGUCGCCAAGCUCAUCCGCCAAAUCUCAACCCUCCGAUGCUUCUCCGUCGCCGCAGCCAAACAGCAGCACAACCCUAACGUCUCCAGGAAAUCCCAGCCCCCGAGCAAGAAGCUCCUCAGAGCCAAACAGACCGUCAAGGACUACUCGUCCCUCGCCCCGGUUCUCUCUCCUCAGGACAAGCCGCCUCUCUCCGAAUCCAAAAGCGUCGGCACCGUCGCCGCCGCCCAAGCCAACUUCAUGCGCGUCAUAGUGGAACCUCCUAGAAGCUUCGACGAGAGCAAAGUGGAGUUGCUGUGUGUUGUGAAGGCGGUGCUGAAGAAGAUCAAGAGGAGAGUGUUAGUUGGGGACAAGGUGCUGGUGGGGUCCAUUGAUUGGGUGGACCGCCGGGGCAUGAUCGAGAAUGUGUACCAGCGGAGCUCCGAGAUUCUUGACCCGCCUGUCGCCAAUGUGGAUCAUCUACUCGUGCUCUUCUCCAUGGACCAGCCCAAGCUCGAGCCGUUCGCGCUCACUAGGUUCUUGAUCGAGGCCGAGUCCACUGGAAUUCCACUCACACUCGCUUUGAACAAGUGCGAGCUGGUUGACGAAGAGGCAAUGGUUGCAUGGAAGUCUAGGCUACACAAGUGGGGCUACAAGCCAAAUUUUUGCAGCGUUGAAUCUAAAUAUGGACUUGAUUCCCUUGCCUUUAUAUUGAGAGAUCAAACAAGUGUGAUUGUAGGUCCAAGUGGAGUUGGAAAGUCUAGUUUGAUUAAUGCUUUGAGGAACAACCACAAUGCUUCGGAUGCUGUAGAAGGGGAAACUUUGUAUGAUCCAAUUUUAGGCAGCAAGUGGUUUGAGGAUCAGCUUGUUGGACAGGUUUCAACAAGAAGUGGCAGGGGGAAACAUACUACUCGGAAUGUCUCGUUGCUUCCACUGUCUGCAGGGGGUUAUCUUGCUGAUACUCCUGGGUUCAACCAGCCUAGUUUAAUGAAAGUAACAAAGCAAUCUCUGGCACAAGCAUUCCCAGAGAUCCGCCAGAUGCUCAGUGACAGUGAGCCUGCAAAAUGCUCGUUCAAUGAUUGCCUGCAUCUUGGUGAACCAGGGUGCAUUGUUAAAGCUGAUUGGGAAAGAUAUCCAUACUAUUUCCAACUUCUUGAUGAGAUCAGAAUCAGAGAGGAAUUUCAGUUGAGGACUUUUGGAACAAAAAAGGAGGGUGACGUAAGGUACAAGAUGGGAGAUAAGGGUGUUCAGCAAGCAGAACCACGGUUGGAGCUAAAGAAGCAUAGGAGAGUAUCUCGCAAGAGUAUGAACCAAUCACUACUCGAUGAAUUAGAUGAGCUGGAUGAUGACGACAACUUACCAGAUGAGGAAAACGAUCCCUUUUUAAAGGCAAUGAGGGAUGAAAACCAAUAG